AGAAAAAUUAAAGUUUUAACGAACCUAAAAUAUAAAAAAUAAAGUAAAUUGCUCAUCAUGAUGGGAAUGACAACAGGGCUACUCAUGCUUAUCCUAUAGCGCUCUGCAACAUAUUUAAAUUCUUCAACCUGCCGUUGCAGCUUCUUCCCUCAUCGUGUUAUUUCGAUUAUCUUUUCAUCCGAUCUUCUACGCGCCAAGUCAUCAUCUCAAUUACUUGGCAGCCAUGAACCCGUUUUUCAAGAAUUCACUGAUUCGAUGCAUUUUUAGUCUGAACCGGCUUCAUCCAAAUCUCAGUCACGAUUCUCGACGAUUCUGUCACUUUUCUGGGGAUAUCGGACCUGGGUCAUGGAAAUCAACGGAGGGUCUGGUUCGAUGCCCGGUGAAUGACGUGCCCCUGUCUCCUAUAACCUUCUUGGAGCGGUCAGCAACGGCUUACAGAGACAGAACCUCAGUUGUGUAUGGGUCUGUGAAGUAUACUUGGAGCGAGACUCAUGAACGGUGUCUCAAAUUGGCCUCUGCUCUCACCCAGUUGGGGAUUUCGCGAGGCGACCUUGUUGCAGUAUUGGCCCCCAACGUUCCAGCAAUGUAUGAGCUUCAUUUCGGGGUCCCAAUGGCUGGAGCUGUUCUUUGUACACUUAAUACACGGCACAAUUCAGCCAUGGUGUCAACCCUGCUUCGUCAUUCGGAAGCCAAGAUCAUAUUUGUAGACUACCAAUUACUUGAAAUUGCUCAUGUAGCACUUGAUCUUCUAAAGAAGACAGAAACAAAACCACCCAUCUUGGUCUUAAUUGUAGAAUCUGAUGGCUCACCCCCCACCAACUUCAGUACUUCUGACGGCUAUGAAUACGAGAGUCUCCUUGCAACUGGACAAUCUGAAUUUGAGAUCAGGCGGCCCAUAGAUGAGUGGGAUCCAAUCAGUGUAAAUUAUACUUCUGGCACAACAUCCAGUCCCAAAGGAGUUGUUUACAAUCACAGAGGUGCCUAUCUCAAUUCCCUUGCAACCUUUGUUCUCCAUGGAAUGGGCUCAAUGCCUGUCUACCUCUGGACGGUGCCUAUGUUCCACUGUAACGGAUGGUGCCUGCCUUGGGGAGUGGCAGCUCAAGGUGGCACCAACGUAUGCCUUAGGCGUGUCAUCCCAAAGGACAUAUUUGACAGCAUCGCUCUCCACAAAGUCACCCACAUGAGCGGGGCACCAACUGUGUUGAACAUGAUUGUGAAUUCACCGGUCAGUGACCGGAGGCCUCUUCCUUCCAAGGUGGAAGUAAUGACAGGUGGUUCGCCACCACCUCCGCCCAUACUUCGCAAGAUGGAGGAGCUGGGCUUCGGUGUAUCACACUUAUAUGGCCUUACAGAAACUUAUGGUCCGGGAACAAUUUGCACAUGGAAACCCGAGUGGGAUUCUCUGCCUCCUGAUGAAAGAUACAAACUCAAAGCCAGACAAGGAGUUCAACAUCUUGGGUUGGAGGAGGUUGACAUAAAAGAUCCUGUGACCAUGAAGAGUGUAGCUGCUGAUGGUAAAACCAUGGGCGAAGUGAUGUUCCGAGGUAACACAGUAAUGAGUGGAUAUCUUAAAGAUGAGAAAGCAACAGAAGAAGCUUUCAGGGGUGGAUGGUUUCGAAGUGGGGAUCUUGCUGUAAAACAUCCAGAUGGGUACAUAGAAAUGAAAGAUCGGUUGAAGGAUAUCAUUAUUUCUGGAGGGGAGAAUAUAAGCACUGUUGAGGUUGAAACAGUGUUGUAUAAUCAUCCAGCAAUUCUUGAGGCUGCAGUUGUUGCACGGCCAGAUAAUCAUUGGGGCCAAACACCCUGUGCUUUUGUGAAGUUGAAGGAGGGAUUUGAUGUUGAUGCUCAAGAAAUAAUCGAGUUCUGCCGGGAUCAUUUGCCACAUUACAUGGCACCCAAGACAGUUAUUUUUGAGGAUCUGCCAAGAACCUCCACCGGAAAGAUUCAAAAGUUUAUUCUAAGGGAGAAAGCAAAGGCCUUGGGUAGCCUUUCCUGAGGGGAGGAAAAUUGUAAAACAACAUAGUAAAAUUUGUUCUUACUUCCAAUAAAAUGUAAAAGAAAUGAAUCAACUUUUGGUGAUCAUAAUUAGUUUAGGUGACUGAUUGAAUGAAACUUGUGAUAUUGGACCAUCCAAGAAUUUCUCUAAACAUCUAACUGACUUAAUUUGAA